AUGGUGGCAGCGGAAGUGGAGGCAGUGGUGGAUGACGGUGGUGGUGGUGGUGGAGGUGGCGUUAGUAAUGGUGAUGAUGGCAAUAUUGGUGGUGGUUGUUCGGGUGGUGGCGAUAGUGGUGGUGGAGGUUCAGGUAGUGGCGGCGGCGGUGGUGAUCUUGGAAGUGACAGUGAUGACGGUGGUUACGACGGUGGUGGCAAUGCUGAUAGCGAUGGCGAUGGUGGCAAUGGUGAUGAUGGUGGUGGAGGUAGCAAUUUUCAUGCUUUGUGUAAUUAUGGGGUGUCGAGAAUUGUUGAGUUUGGCAAAAUUGAACUGAUGAAUGAUGAUGCUUUGUUGCUUGAAUGCUUGAUUCAAAAGGCCUUCUGCUAUUUGGUGCAAAAUUGA